GUUUGCACGGCAGAAACCGUGCGAGGAAUGAGGAAGGCGAGGGCGCAGCGGCCGCUUCUCAGGGAUCUGUGGAAUUUAAGGAAUCCUUCUCUAAGAUAACUUUGCUGCUGUUCCGGCCUUCCUUCUCAGUGUUGUGAUGGUUUCAAUUGAAGUACAUUUCUGAAGAAACUGACCGGAAUAGGAGUCGUCUUAUCUUUUAAAAUGUUCAAAAUUCAGCAACGCAUAACAUCAAACAGGACACCCAGGAAAAGGCCAUAUAGAUGUGACAUCUGCUAUAAACAAUUUGAAACGCCAUCAAAAUUAGCUAGGCAUUAUCUUAUACACACUGGUCAAAAGCCAUUUGAAUGUCAUGUAUGUCAUAAAACUUUUAGACAGUUAGUCCAUUUGGAGAGACAUCAGCUAACCCAUAAACUUCCUUUUAAAUGUAACAUUUGCCAUAGGAACUUCAAAAAUUUAAUUACUUUCUUAAAGCAUCAACAGCUUCAUAAUGAAAACUACCAGAGUGGUAUUAAGCAAGCUAAAAAAUCGGUGGAUGCCAAGCAAGAUAGGCUGUUGUAUGGAAUAUUUCAUUGUUCUGUUUGCCAGAAAUCUUUUACAACAGAAGAGCGGUGGAUGCUGCAUCAGUGCACAAAGUCAGAUCAUCUGCACAGUGCCAGGAGGAGAAAGAAAACUCAUGUGUGUGAAACAUGUAACAAGAUGUUUCCAUCACGAUCUAAGCUGGAAAGACACUUGCUGAUUCACACUGGCCAGAAACCUUUUAAAUGUUCCUUGUGUGGUAAAUCUUUCAGGCAGUCAACACAUUUGAAAAUCCAUCAGCUCACACACACGGAAGAGAGGCCUUUCCAGUGUUGUUUUUGUCAGAAGGGAUUUAAGAUGCAGAGCAAACUCCUGAAGCACAAGCAACUCCAUGUCAGAAAUAAGUCUCUUCCCAGAGUCCUUUACAGAGCAAAGACUUCUAAAUACCCUAGACCUCAGAACUCGCUGGAAGGAAAAAGGGAUAAUUUUGAGAAUGUUGAUACUUAUGAGUCCCCGGAAAAUGAUCCACUUGAUGUUCACUCUAUUUAUAUUGUACCUUUUCAGUGCCCAGUGUGCGAGCAGUGUUUUGAAACAGAGCGGGUUCUAAAUUUGCACAAAUGUUUUUACCUGAGAGAUGGCAAAAAUUCAAACAGUGGCAAAUCAGCCUACAGCCACAAAGCCAACAUUAAAAGUAAAGUCCUGAUGAAACUCAAACAUGCUGGAGAAAAGGCAUCAGAUUUGUCUCUGUCUGACAGAAAAAAAAAUAAAACAAGUCACUUUAAAAGUUAUGACCUGUUUGCAUCUAAUGAGCAGCAUUCUGAUCGGAAUGCUUCCCCUAAAACUUUUAAGAAUUAUCAUAGCAAGCUUGUCAGGCACAAGAUAAUUAGCAAUAAAAAGAAAAGGACAUUUGUCAUGCCAUUUUCCUGGCAAGAGCACCUACAAAAGCACAAAUUAGAAAUUAAUUUAAAUGGUAUAAUUACUGGUGAAAGCAUGUUAAACAUGGAUGAUUCGGUACAUAAUAAAGAUGACUCUCUUUAUGGUUCAUUGGAUGCUGAUUUCUUUGAUAAUCCAGAAGCAGCACUUCACCGUGCUUUUUCAGCUCCUACUAAAAAUAUACAUAAUAGACACACAGUGUGUAAAUGUGACAGAUGUGAAAAAAUCUUCCCUUCUUCAUCCAAACUUCAAAGACAUUAUCUUAUUCACACGGGACAGAAGCCCUUUGGCUGUAAUGUUUGUGGGAAGACAUUUAGACAGUCAGCUCACUUAAAAAGACAUCAGCUCACCCAUACUGAAAAGAGACCAUAUAAAAGCCCUGUUUGCCAGGUGGAAUUUGAAAAUCUGAACAAACUUUUUAGUCAUCAGGGAGAUCACAUUGAAUUUAAGUCUUCUCAGCCUGUGGGUUAUUCCAAAAGGCCUUCACAGGCAACUGGCUUUCCAGAAUUUGAGCUGAUCCAGUCAAACCAAGCAGCUGAAAUCAAAGUUGAGCUAGAGUCUGGGGACUUUGUUCUUGGCACCAGCAGUAGAAACACACUGCCGUAUUUGUGUAGUAAGUCGUUGGAAACGGAGCAAAGCCAUUACAGUCACUGGUAUGAUAUUUCUGGAGGUAUGGAAAAAAGUGAAGCUAUUAAAAAGUUUUAUCAGUGCAGUGUCUGCUUUAAAACUUUCAAAUCGCCUUCCAAACUUGAAAGGCACUAUUUAAUGCAUGCUGGACAGAAGCCAUUUGAAUGUUCAGUUUGUGGUAAAACUUUCAGACAGGCCCCACAUUUGAAAAGGCAUCACCUUACUCACUUUAAAAAGAAAUCCUAA